AUGGUGUCGGCGGCGGCUACGGCCUAUGCCGUCAACCACGUUGUUCUUCCGCCCAAGCUACCGCAAAAAGACGACCGUAACGUUGCGCACGAAGUGGCCUUGUUCGAGAUUGCUACUCACGCUCUGGAAUCUCUGAAGCUCCACGUCGAUAUUGAACAUGUCGGGUCUGUGAUCGCUGCCAAAGCGACAGUCGAUAACCUUCGAGCCACUCGCGAUCAGAAUGGCAACACCAGCCAGCUUCAGUUACAAACCCUUCUCGCCCAAGCGACGAACAGCGGAGCUCUCGGUGCCUUGCCGAUAGAAGUCAAGGAACAGAACGCAGGUAUACUUAUCAGUCGUUCUUCAAGCCAUGUGAACUUCGAGUUCUUUGAAUUGUCUCCAAAGAACGACGCGGCAAUGAGCUCAGGACGACUCGUGCGGACGUUUCCAGGCCACGCAUCAAAGAUACCGAUUGCCGGCAUCGACCCAGAUCUGAUCGAAUCGAUAUCAAGGACCAUAGCUACGAUGACGACCCAAACAGCUCCAGGCUUUCAGCCACAAAUUACCAAGAACAAGAAAGCCAUGGACGAACAACGCGAUACCUCGAGUCCUGGUCUCGUGACCGAUUUUCUCAUGAACAUCGUCACUGCUCUCGGCGAACCGAUGGAUGUGCACCGUAUCACCAAAAACACUCGCGAGGAGGUCCUCUGGGAUAACUGCUUGUCCCCAUGGCGGCGAUCUCCGCUGUGGCUCUUACUACGUGUAUCGCUACAGCUUGUCCUCACUCGCAAGUCAUCCGACACACGCGAUGCUGAUAGUCUGUACAAAGCUUUCAUGGUCUUCUUGCUAGCACGCAUUCUCGAUUUGGUCAAGAUAUACUGGGAGGAUAUGGGCAGCGAGACCGUUCAUCUCGUCUUGGCGAAAUUGACCCGACGACUGCGCAAGGUCGAGCUACUCAAGCAGGAUCAAUGUCUGCGGCAAGACUGGGCGGUGCAGGUCCAUGACAGCAUGUCAAACGCCCACGAGUUCAUCAAGAAGCAUUGGCAAAACAGGAUCGAAAAUUCUCAGGCCUAUAUCGACGUCAACUCCAUCGCCAGUCUAAAGCCUAAGUCCGAUGUCGACCUCGACCUGUCGGGAUUGGACGCAUUCUUGUCCAGUAUAAAGUCACGGAAGCGAGAAGCCUCACUGUCUGCAUUCACGCCUGCCUCUAAGCAUUCUGCACUCAGAUCCGCGGAGCUUCCAAAGUGUGAGUAUCUUUCGAAUUCCGGUGAAGGCUUACACUUCCGUUUGUGCACCUUCGAGGAAUGGGUCAAACACCACCUUAUCGACUGGGCUAAGACCCAUCUUCGCGAUCGGGAGGCUUGUGGAGGAUUGCGCAGCAUCAUGGUAUCCUAUCAUAACACCGCUACUAGUGUGUACGCUGGCACACCUAUCGGCAUGUCCAUAAUGUACCUCACGGUCGCCGAGCUAUGGGUUGCAUGCGACACAAUCGCAUGCUCGAUCUACCCUAUGCUACCAGAGUACGACCCCGAGAUCGAUCUGACAGAGUUCCAAUGCCUUGUGCUUCCCCUGAAGGGCCAUCUGCAACGUCUCUGGGGUGUCGAGUGUUACGUCAAAUCACGACGUCACGCAGCAACAGAGGGGAGGCCUUCCGUCUACCGAAAGUUCGGGGAUAUCUCAUCAUUCGCUGUAAGAUACUUCGAACUAUGCAAGCCCAUGCAGACUACGUUGUCGAAGCUUGAGGCCGAUGCGGCUAUCAAGCGAAGGCAGAAGUGUGGAGAGCUGGCGAGUCUCCAACGCGAAUACCGACAGUGCAUGGACCGUUACAACAGCCUUGAGUGCGAAACCGAGGAAUUUGUUUACAACACUUAUCACGGCUACACAGAAGAGAGGCACUCCGGACGAUGCCGGAAAUGCGCCGCGAGGACCAGGGCAGACGGCCUGAAGAUUGAGAUUUAUGAGUGGCCUAUCUCAUCUGAAGCAUCCAAAGCAAAAGCAACUAUAUUUGAGUUACUGGUGCCUGGGUCCUACGGCAACUGGCGCGACGCGUCAGCGUACUUCAUCACCACGGUUCUCGGCUACAAGGACGCGAAGCCACAGGUGCCGGUAUAUUCAGAUGUGAAGAAAGCGGUAGCUUUGCUAAAAGAAGACGAUGUCUGCUUGGACAGCGCUUUACAAUACGCCUACUACGAUACCUCCAGCGGCUGUUUCACCACCGACACAUUAGGAUGCACAUCGGAAGUCCUCAAGAAGUGCAUGUACCCGAUGCUGAAGCGCUCGAAGGCCCUUCAACCCUUCAUGUCUCGACCGCCCGCGUCUCCAGACGGCUGUCACCCCAACAAUGUCAUUGCCGGGUUGUCUGAUUGCCCACUACAUCUUUCGAUUGAUGAGUACAAGGCUCUAGGGACGCUAUCCUUGGGGCACAACAUCAUCUACUCAAACGUCCUUGCUCAGCUCGCAAUUCCAUCGGUCGACUGGACGAAAAUCGAGACGCAAUGCAUGAUUCUCCAGGCUGUACAGCAGACAGGCCCGCCAGGUCAGGGAAGCGAGCGAUCAUGUCACUCCAUUCUUACCGAGUCGGCCUUUGGACAUGCUAUGCUUGAGCAACUGGAGAGUAACCUGGGUCGCAUCCAAAUGAACUGGGAGUCAUUCCGGGCGGCGGCUACAUUCUCGUUGCUCGCUCGGCGAGUACUGAGCUUGACAUAUGCCUUGGACGUUCGAUAUCGCGCGUUCCGUUACCUUGAGAGCUUACGCAGCGCCUGUUCGGGAUGGCUACGGCGGUUGAAGCAGAGGGUGGCUGCCUCAACAGAUGACGGCCAGCGCACAGACCUUUGCAGCCGCGCUACGGAAAUAGCGCUGUUGUGUACCUCGACCUAUGACGUUGAAGAGGCUGACUUCGGAACUGUUCUUCGGAAUGAAUCGGCAAUUUCUAUACUGCUUCAAUCGACGACCGUGGUACACGAGCAUCAUGCGACCGCGCAAUCCGAGUUUCCUGAGCUGUUUAGCAUCACGCUAGAGUCGUGGAGGUCACUCAUGGUCCGCAUCUUCCCGAAGUUACGGAGCGCAAUCCUCGCCGACGGCAGUGGUCUCUCUGAUGCUGUCAAAACCAGCUGGGCCGCCUUCGAGAUCUCUUCAGGCAACUCCUGGAGUACACUCAACAGGGACCAGCCACAGUGGCUGUGUACGAUUUCGGGCUCCCUUCCCGUACACUUCAACUUACUCACGGGGGAGCUACUCGUGAAUGGUCUUCCUCUUGCCCAUCUUCCCGUUGAGUAUACCCAGCAUGCGAUGUAUGCGCCACUUUUCCGCAAAUCAGCCCUAGAAGUGAUGCCAACAAAUGAAGCCGGACUCAGGUUCUCUGCCAAAUCUCUGCAUCUCGGAUACAAGCUUCAUUUUGGCAUAAACGGGGGCGAUAUGCUACUGUGUGCCAUCGGACAUGGCAAGAGGCUCGACUUGCUCCCUUCACGUCUGUUUCGGGAUCUGAUACCUGAGUCCUUGGUGACGCAUGCUGUACACAUGUACGAUUCACACGCUCAAGAGGUCUUGUUUCGACCGUUGUAUUCUCCAUGGUCAACUGAAGACGACGAUACACGAUGGCGUCUUGUACGACACGGAACGUCAUGGCGGCUAGUCAACAAGGACAAGAGUCUGGCUGCCUCAGCAGUUGACUGCAACCGAUACGACUUGGCAACGUGGCUCGGCACCAUCUCCUUCAACGACACAGCCGAUGUCGAUGCUAUCCAAGCUUUUGCUUCAUUUUACAGGCUACAGGACUUCUCAGCAGUACAACCACCAGCCCUUGGUUCAUUCCAGCUAGGUGAAGGGCAUGAGUAUCAUGAGGCAACGAUCCGAGCCAUCCUCCAGAACAGGUCCAAAUCGUUUGAUACGUCUGAAGAAGCGAGACUACCAAGACAAGGCGCAGAAACCAAGCGACAGCAUCACACGAGGAUACUGCUUCUAUUCGAGACCCGGCAGAACAAUGCAAUCCAGAAGUUCAUAAGCGAUCUGCAAUCACAAUGGCCAGUUCGGAGUCCUACUGUGCCAUCCGCGGAUGAGUACAGCACCUAUCUCAACGUCACGACAGCAAUGACAACGGUACGGUCCAAGUUCCAGCAUUGGUUCAAUAAUCGUCUAUUCAUGCAGUACCUUCAUAAUCUAUCGACGAUUAUGGCGCGACAGGCUACGUCAAGCGUGGUUGUAUCGCCUUACCUUCUUACGUUGCCGCCGAUUAAGAACUCCCGUCUUAACGAUGAUAUACGUCAUUACAGCAUGACGGACAUUUUCGCUACCACUCCGCCUCCAGCCUCCGGCCUCAUCGCUCCCUGUGAGCCCAAGGUGACGAUCGUGGGGAAACACACGCCUAAAAAGCAAGUCCAGGUGAAGGAUAAGCUUGGUGAUCUCUGUGCCAAACUCAUGAUGUACGCCAACUCAACAUCUGAGCGACGAUAUGUCGAGGAUCUACAGUCAAGUUGCUCGGCGCUCGACUCGCACAACGACAACACGCACGAAGAACUGCUUCCAAACGCCCAACCCCUGCUUGAAGGAUAUCUCAGUAGCUGCCAGGCCCACUUUGGGAAUUUCCAAUUCGCAUUGAACGGCCUACUUAGCCGUCAGGUCGCUUACGCAAUGCAGCUGUCACCACGGAUCUGUACCAAAUUCUGGCUUAGUCAACUGCACAAAGACCGGUUUGACACUUUAUCGCCUUCCUGGAAAGAAACCAUAAUCCAGUAUGCACUCGCCGUCACGAGUUUGCAACGCGCUCAGAGACUGGUCCGCCUAUCCGACAAGCCGAUCGAUCUCGUGGAGGAGCUUGGCCAUGUCGGUCAUCAGAACUGGGAUGUGAAUGAGUUCCCUGAGACUCUUCUCAUCGAGGCUGAGAGCGGUAUUCUUGUUAGGAAAGAGCAGGAGUAUAUUGCAAGCCAGAUGCGAUCGCCGAAGGAUGGGGAUAACAUCGUGCUGCAGUUGCUCAUGGGCGGUGGCAAGUCCACGACCAUUCUUCCUAUCCUUGGUGCUUUCCAUGGCAACAAAGAGAAGCUUGUUCGAGUAGUCGUCGCCAAACCCCAAAGCCAACAAAUGCUACAUAUGCUUGUCGCCAAGCUAGGGGGGUUAUUGAACCGAAAGGUGUACCAGAUGCCCUUCUCGCGCAACAUCCGACUGAGCGCUCAAGAUGCCAACACCAUUCGAGAGAUUUACGAAGAGUGCGUUCGCGAGCGCGGUGUAUUGCUGAUACAACCAGAGCACAUCCUGUCUUUCAAGUUGAUGGCAAUCGAAUGUGUUCUCACCAACCAGUUAGCAACCGCGCAAUCGAUGCUGGCAACACAGAAAUGGUUCGAUGAAGUGUCAUGCGACUGCAUCGAUGAGAGCGACGAGAACUUCUCAACCAAAUUUGAGCUCAUCUACACGAUGGGCAACCAGAGCUCGGUCGAAUACGCGCCGGAGCGAUGGCUGAUCAUUCAGGAUAUUCUGGCGCUCCUUCCCAAUCUGGCCAAGCAGGUCAAAGAGGACUACCCUGACGCGGUUGACAUCCAGGGUGAUGGCGAUGGGCGGUACCCCAGGAUCAGAUUCCUGCGAUCUGAUGCUGCUGAUCUGAUUCUGCGUCUGCUUGCGACCCGAGUCGUUGAGUCCGGCGUAGGAAGUCCAUCUCGUUCGCAGUCUUCCGUCAUGCAAGCAGCGAUACUGCGUUACAUCUCGGUGAAAGAUCUUGAAACACAUGAGAUUCACACAGUCGAAAAGAGCAAAUUCUGGACUGCUACCACCAAACCCUCACUCCUUCUCCUCCGCGGGCUGUUCGCAGGAGGCGUGCUAAAAUUCAUCUUUUCGAUGAAGCGAUCACGUGUCAACUUUGGUCUCGACAAGCUCCGCACCCCAAGCACGCGUCUGGCUGUUCCCUUCCGCAGCAAGGAUUCUCCUUCACCUAGGAGCGAGUAUGCUCAUCCCGAUGUCAUCAUCAUCCUCACGUUGUUGUCUUGGUACUACGAGGGGCUGUCAGACGACGACCUCUUUGACACGCUCACGCAUGUAGUCCAUUCCGAUCAAUCGGUUAUCCACUACGACGAGUUCGUCCACACAGCGUGUUCAGGCCUACCGAAGGCGUUUAGACAGCUUACUGGCGUCAGUCUACGUGACCGUCAUCAGUGUAUCAUGGAGGUCUUCCCUUAUCUGCGGUAUUCCAAGAAGGCUGUUGAUUAUUACCUCUCGUAUUUGGUCUUUCCAAAAGAGCUGAAGCAAUUCCCCCUGAAAUUGAGCGCGAGUGGAUGGGAUUUAGCCACUCCAAAGCCGAAUCCUACAACCGGUUUCUCCGGCACGAACGACACCAUGCAUCUACUGCCAUUAAACAUGCAUCACCUCGAUUUACCUAGUCAGCAACACACCAACGCUCGGGUUCUGUCGUAUCUGUUGAUGGACGAGACUUCUGUCGCGAAUUUACCUGCCCGCACGAUUGGUUGUACGGAUAGGGAUGGUCAGCACCUCCUUGCUUUCAUCGAGCGGCUGAGUCCCGACAUUAGAGUUUUCCUGGACUGUGGUGCUUCGAUCCUUGAAAUGAACAACCGAGAGGUGGCUGAGACCUGGCUGAAGCUGCGAGACGACGACGUUCUAGCGGUAAUCUACUUCGAGAACGAAGAGCUGUCCGUGCUCGACCGUACAUCCAAGGUUGAGUCCUUUCAGACCUCUCCGUACGCGAAGAUGUUGGAUUCGUGCAUCGUCUAUCUGGACGAGAGCCAUACACGCGGAACAGACAUACCCGGGCUGCCACGACACUAUCGAGCGGCACUGACGCUGGGUAGCCAGCUGACUAAGGAUCGCCUUACGCAGGCCGCUAUGCGCCUGAGAAAGCUUGGGAAUGGCCAGUCAGUGUGCUUCGUUGUACCAGGAGAGAUUCAAACGAAAAUUUGGGAGCAAAAUGGCAAGCCAACUGGUACUACGAUCGAGGUCCAUGAUGUGUUGGCGUGGGCGAUAGGCGAGACUUGGUCAGACCUAAGACGGACGCUUCCACUCUGGGCCGUGCAAGGGAACCGUUUCGAGAGUCACAGGCAUUUAUUGGUGGACGGUGCUGCCACGACUAAGAGACAAGCAAAGGCUUUCCUUGAGAAAGAAGCUGCAAGUCUGGAGACUCGUUACAUGCCACGCAAAGUAGACAAGGAUGGCUCCGCGCACAUUGCCCGUUGGGACAUGUCCAACCAGAGCGUCAGCAAGAUCGUAUCGCGAUGUCGCGACUUCGAAGCCAUGGGCUUUGGCUCAGCUGCGCUAUCAGAGGAGCAGGAACGCGAACUCGCCCCGGAGAUCGAAGAGGAGCGCCAAAUCGAGCGCCCAUCGCGCCUGAAGGCUCAUCCACACAACUUGCACCAAGACCUCAAGCGCCUCGUCGACACAGGAAAAAUUGACAUUGGUUCAAAAGCAUGGAAACCGGCCUUCAAAGGCCUCGACGACACGAUCGCUGGCAGGCUCACGGAUUUGAGUAAGUUCCCGGACGACUUGUUGGUCACAAGGGACUUCAUCCGCACUGUGGAAGUACCUCUGGGAUCAACUCGUGCAUCUUUCAAAUCCGACUCGUAUCAGCGCCCUGUGCAGUUCAUCUUGUCGGUGCCAAGUCGGCAUCGCCCUGGAGUUAUCAGCAACCUGAUUAUCAUCAGUCCCUGGGAAGCAAACCAGUUGCUACCUCAACUUCGUCAGUCAAAGACAAUUAGCCUGCACAUCUUUGCGCCACGUUCAAACGUCAGUUAUGCGUCACUCGACGAGCUCACACUAUACACCGUCGGUCGUGUCUUUUCGCCUGGUUCCGUCCCGCGCAGCUUGACGAUUCAGCUGAACCUGUUUGCCGGGAGCCUGUAUCUGCGGUCGUUGUCGGAGUACACCAAAGUCUGCGAUCAUCUUGGUCUUCUCACGGGUACUGCGAAGGACGGCCAGCAAGUCUAUGCUGACGGCUUUAUUGAUCCACCCUCCGGUAUCUGGGGUUUGAAGAAGUCUCCUGUUCCCUUCUUGCGAGCGUUGCUUUUGAGGAUUCGGCGCGGAGGAGAGGGUGUGGAGAAGACGCACAUGGGUAAGGUGCUAGACGGCGUCAGACUAGAGGAGAGCGAUUUCGCGGAGGAGUAG